AUGCGGUGAAAAAUUUUACCUCGAUAAUCUUACAUUCCAGGUAAAACUGAAAGAAAAACUUUCACACCGUAGAUAUGGAUAGCUUAUACAACGUACCAUAUACUAAUUGAAUCCUCGCGAACAAUUACCGAUGAUUUUAUUUUCCAUGAAAUGGUAAACGCUCCGAUGGACUGCGAACCAUUGUAGAAUUGGAUGUUGUUAAAUCGAUGAACGGUGAACGAAGUGGGUAAUAUAAUACCGAUACCGAAGAAAGUAAUGAUUAUUUUUAUUGUGUCCUACCGAGAAUUCAUUUAUAUUUGUUGAGAACGAUCGUAAUCAAUUCCGUCGGAGUUACCCUCGGAUUAUGAAAGAAAAAAUCUUUCAAUCUAUUUAUUCGGCAACUUUAACUGGCUUAUCGAAAUAGAUGAUGCCGACAAAUAUAGGAACUGCAGCACGGUGAGAAGGAUUUUCUCGUUUGGACAUAGCCGGAUGUUGGGAAAAUUUUGAGUGAUGGUUUUUAGAGCCCGUGACGAGGUAGGGGAUCCGUGGAAGUUUGAUGAAAAAUAGUAAAGAAAAAAUGGGAAAAUAAAUAAAUAAAAAAACAGACGAAACAUGCGGUAACCAUUCGAAUUCUGCCAGAAAUAAAUGUCUUACGAUUUCUCAAAGGUGGAUGGAGAAAUGCGAGCAAUUUCCCCUUGAAUUGCCAAUAGGUAUACGACCGCGUGAAUUGAAAAUCUAUAUUUUCCUAUUCUAUAGCCAACCGGUCGUCGUCUAACAAUGAGAUAUGUCUCGCCCAAUCCCAAUCCCCUCCAAUGCACAGAUAAUGCCUUAUAUAUUGGAUAUAUAUUUAUCGAAUUUCAAAGCGAACAAAGUAGAACGAAUGGAGGGAUGUCUAUGGGAUUUACUGAUUGAAGAGCAGCGUAACACGUUAGAUUAUUGGGAUUUUAUAUAUACUUGAAAAGUCUUUCGUGCUUCCAAUGAAAAUGUAGCUAUUCCCUAUCCGUUCUACUGAAAAAUAAUCACAAAUAUUUUUGAAUAAUGAGGGGAAAAAUAGAAUCUCAGAAGAAUCCAUGUUUAAUUUAUCAAAUUCCCGCUGCGUAAAAAUAUAAAUUUUUAAAAACGCCUCUAUUUUCCGACUGUAGGUAGCGACACAUAUCGGUUACAACAAUGUAGUCCCGAAGAUUUUUAAAGGGCUGUAGUAAGCUGUUCCAAGAGGGUUAGGUUUUAUUGAGGAUCACGUUGGCAAUAUACGUGAUGGCGAUCACCUGUAUUUUUGACAUUACCUCUUUCAUCGUCUGCUACUUGGAGCCACGCGACCUGUCAUUCUGAUCAUCAAGAACUUGAAGGAUCAUCUAACAAUAAGUCGAAUUUGAGAAUGGCUAUGCCCAAUAAAGAAGAACUGAGAAAGACGCUCAAAAAUUUAAUAGUCGAUAAGAAAAAUGGGAAGUUGGAUAUUCCAGAAAGGUUCAAUAAUCAAGAUGAAAAGUGGAGGGGUGUGAUAGACUAUGAAACACUAUGGAGUUGCGUGAAGCAUUAUUGUCCCGAGGUCAGACGAGAUGUUCUCGAACUUCUGGUGGUUUCCAAGAAGUCUACGCAACGUUUCAUCAAAAUUGAAUAUGAAUUGAUAGAAUUAUUCCUCAAAUAUAAUCUUGGUGAGAGAAUCGAGCUUGUACCAUUGAUCAAAAAGGCAAUAAAACGUACCAGGGACAGCUUGGUUGUUCUUCAGAGAGAAUAUUUGAAAACUGUAAAAAUUCAGAAUUUUCAAGGCAACAAUGUUUGUCACAUAGAUCAGUCUAAACAUGCUGAAAAUGACGCACAAAACAUUGCUUUACGGGAUGAACUCAAGAACUUGAUAGAUGAUUACGAAUUGUUUUUAGUUUCCUUGCGAAAAAUUUGCAUUCACAAUUUAUAUCCAACUGCGAAUUACGAACGUAGACGUUCUAGUUUGCAAAUAUUGUGCCACAUGGAAGAUAUUUUAGAUGCAGAAACAAUCGAGUUAGAAUGGAAUAAAAGUCAGGCUAAAGUGCUGUUCGAUUGUCUUCUACUUGAUACAUACGAGACUAAUAAAGACAUGGUGUACAAGAUAAUAAAAUCAAUACCACCCACUCUCUUGGAACUAGAUAAUGAAAAUACUAUUUCUGAAAUCAUUGAGACUGCAAUUGGACUUGCUAAUAGCAUAAGACCAAUUGAUUCGGCUACUGCAGCUUAUAUGUUCAAAGUUUGCCUUGCUUCACCGAUCGUUGUUAGAAAUGUCGUGCAUCAAAGACCAGAGUUUGAUAAACUCAGUACCGACAACGAUGAUGUACAUCUCACUCUUGUGAUUCUCCUGAUUGCACAACUUCAGAAGCCUUUGGAAAUCGCCAAGGAGAAUAUUGUAAAAGCUGCUAGCAGACAUUCUCUGUAUGGCUAUCUUUUCUGCAUAAGACAUUUGAUAAUCAAUCGCUACUUAGACAAAUGUCCAGGGGACGUAAAAUGGAGAAAAGCCAUAGCUGAUCUAGUUACAAUGUGUUUUGACUUGAACAACGCAGUAGGGCAGAUUGUGAAUAAUUCAUCACCAGAAGGUCACUUGCCAAUGGACCUGAACCCACGUAAUCUCUCAACAUCAUUAUUCGAUUCAGAUUUAAUGGAGUUUGAAAAAGUAACAACACCUCAAAUGGUGCUUCUUUGCGCUUGGCGCACCGUCAAAGAGGUCAGUUUACUCUUUGGCUAUCUGACUGCUAAAUUACCCAUCGACGAACCCGAUGAGACUACAGGUCUUCUGACAGAAAAACAGGUCAUCAAUAUUGGCGAACAUUUCGUAACUCUGCUGAGUGAAACCAAACACAGAGGUGCGUUUGAACAGGCACAUGUUGGUUUUGGACAAUUGUGCGGACGGUUGUGGCAUCAACCCGAAGGAAGAACGUUGAAAGAACUGCCCAAGAUAUGGUUGUUGGAAUUGUUGCUAGCAGUCACCGGAUUAUCUCCAAGAGACAGUAAACUUUGUGCUACCAGACGAAGCGCUGGUGUGCCAUUUAUGGUGCAGGCCCUCCUCACUUCAGAGGAAUCUUUAACAGCUGUUAUUAAGAGUGGUGGUAGUUUUACGUUCCACUCAACUAUGCGAAUUCUUCUUGGAUUAACAAGUUUGAAUGAUGAUGACGAUGAUUUGGACACGAGAUUGAUUUCUCUGAUCUACAAAGACACUGCAUUUACCCAAUUCAAAAGUCUUUUAUGUGCUACCAAUACCGACACCAGUACAAUCAUAAACGAUGCUAACGAAAAGACAAAAUGUAGCCGAGUUGCAGAAAUUAAGACUCAUGUUAUCAACAUACUCAGAGCUCUUUUCAGGCACUGUCAACUAGGAGAAUGUGUCAAGCCUUACAUAGCCGAUGGUGUUAUAUGUGCUAUCAAAAGCUACAACGGAAAAACUUGGGCUGAAAGAAAUGCUGCAACUCUACUGUUCAGCGCUAUGGUAGUGCGAAUAUUCGGUGUUCAAAGAACAAAGGACCACUUGAAUUUAUCCGUUCACAAUAGGAUGACCGGAAAAGUGUUUUUCCAGAAGUACCCCACUUUACUUGAUUUUAUGUACACUGAACUGGAAGAAUUUGUUAAGCCAGGAGAUACACUAAUAAGGCCAGGUGUUCAAUCAGUGUUGCUGCUAUUGUCUCGAUUAUACCCAGGCUCUCAUAACACCGCAGAUUCCAAUUGGAAGGUUGCAGAAUUUCUAAGUAUGGUAUCAAAGUGUGCAAAAAGUCAAGUAUAUGAAACUCGUGAGCUGGCUGCUAGAGCCUUAGUGCCAUUAUUGACAGAAGCAACUGCCCACCUCACAUUCUCCAAGAUACUUGAAACGAUAUCAAUGGAAUCUCAAAAUUAUUCAAACAUCAAUAUGAUUCACGGGUAUAUUCUGCAGGUAUUACAAAUCUCAAAAAGCCCAGAGUUUGCUACUUUUGAACCUUCUGCUACACAAAUUAAAGAUUUUGUGAAGAAUACCUUAUGGAUUCUGGAGAAAUUAGAGAGUCGCAAACGAGGCAUGGGAAUAAGUUUUCCACUGGCUACUACUUACUUGGAAACUCUGUUACAAAUGUACAGGGUAAACUCUGAAUGGCUAGCUAAAUGUGUUCAGGAUGAAGGCAUCGACCUGUUCUACAGAGUUAGACUUCACCUGGUUGAAAAUAAAGUAUUAAGUAAUAGUCCAGGUAGAGAAAUUUACGAAGUCGCAGCUGCCAAGUUCUUUACAUUUUGGUGCAUUAGUUGUAAUAUCAGUGAAUAUGACUUAUCUGGUUCCAAUCAAUCAGUGAAAGAUAAGUGUCUAAAAAAUAGAUGGACCCCUCUAUUUCACCAUGACAACAUCGACGUGAGGCUUGUGGCCUGGGGUAAAUCUACAGAAUUAGUUGGCAGCAAUAUCGACCCUAUAUUCAUCGGAGUGCAGCUCAAAGAAGCAAUUAUUGAAGGUCGUAGAGAAAUUGAGGAUUCGCUCCACGACCCGAAUUUGGAAGAGGCAGUCUUUAAUUUUUUUUACACUAUUUUGACCGACACCAAGAACUGUAAUCCAUUUAGAACCGAGCCAAAAGCGUUUGAAGGAUUGCUUGAAAAUCUAUUCAGGCAUCUGUCAGAGAAGCUUUAUGAUCAAGAGUACUAUGUGAGGGACUGUUUUCUGAGGUUGCUAGGAGUAGUCUACGGGGAUGUGUCUCAAACGUCAACUGUAUAUAAUUUCCUGAGCUCUGACGACAAGGAGACGAUUUAUGAGCUAUUCUUUAAAAAUUCUUGGAUGGACACCUGUAGCAAUGAUUGCAGAUUGGCUGUUGCCCAAACAAUCUCCAAUCUGUAUCAACCAAUGGCCGAAAACAAUGACUGCUUUGCGAUCUACUGGUGGACGAUACUUUUGAAUCUGCUAGUUGACGACGACAAGGCUGUACGAAAUUAUGCAGCGGAUGUAGUUUGUAAACUAAAAACUGAAACAUCACUGGUAUGUGAUGUGGGUAUAAGAAAGCAGUUCUUUGAGAAAUUUUUGAACCUUGUUGCAAAAGAGCGGCCGGAUGUGGCCAUGGCAGCAUUGUUUUCUUGGGGUGUAGCAACUUGGCGCGAAGAAGACUAUGAGAUGGAUGAUACUGAUGUAUUCAACAAGUGUAGGAACUACGACAGCUUCGAGCAACUAGAAAUAUCAAACCUCUGUUUGACGUCGCUAAAGGAAAUUGGAAUAACCUACCCUCUGAAUACUCGACUUCAAUCAAGGACAAUACAGUGGUUACAAAAAUUAUACGACUGUGAGGUUUCCUUUGAAACUUUGCAUGAAUUUGUGAAUAUUCACAAAGAAUGUAUUCCCACGCUCGGCAACAAAUUGGAUGACUACUUGGAUCCAACCUAUAGCGAUAAGUUGCAGCAAGUUUUAGCAUUUAAACAAUUUACUAAUUUACUAUCCAAUCAGUGCAGCAACCCCGUGGAGUUAAGAUAAGCUCAAAAGUUUUCUUAAAAAAUUCAAUGAUUCCUAUUCAUUGUCCCAACACUCUGUACAAGUACAAAGUAACAAUGUAUAUAGCUAUUUUUAUAAUUUUUACCGGCAUGUUUGUUUUUAGUUUUCUGAAAACAUUCUUACAAUUUUUUUAUCGAUACUACCUUCUGUUCUAUAAUUUAUUGUCAACUAAAAAAUGGUAGAUAUUUUCAAAUUUCUAUCACGAUUGCCAAAUUUCAAUGAAUUCUGAAUCGUGAAAGUGCCAAACUGUAAUGAUGAGGUACUCAAGUGACAAGAGUGAUUGUACAAAUGAAAUCAGAAAAAUAACAAAAAUUGCACAAAGAA